AGGAAAGAAAGAGAAAAGAAGAAGAAAGAAAGAAAAAAGAAGAAAAAGAAGAAAAAGAAAAGAAAAAGAAAAAAGAAAGAAAAAGGAAAGGAAAAAAAAAAUAGGAAAGAAAAAAGAAAGGAAAAGGAAAUGAAAAAAAAAGAAAAAGAAAGGAAGAAAGGAAAGGAAAAAGAAAGAAAGAAAGAAAGA